UCGAUAGGAUUCACUGCUAUUUUGCUGAAUUAUUACGUUAGAUAAACCAAUUUGUUACCUACUUCUAGACGAAAUGUGAAAAGACUUAUUGUUAAUGUUGAUUUGUGCAAAGAUUACAGUAUUACAAAGAUACAAGUAUUAAAAAAAAAGAUGCAAAAAAUGUCUUGCAGCGAUUCUCAACAGAAUUCAAGUUCCUCUAAAAGGAAAUGUAAAGGUUCCAAUUGGACUAAAACAGAAACAAGAUGUUUUCUCAACCUUUGUAUUGAAAAGAGAAUAAUACAAAUGAUGGAUGGGAAACGCCACAAACAUAUAGACAUCUAUAAUUCAUUGGAGCCUAGUAUGAAAGAGAUGGGUUUCAUAAAAAGUGGCGCACAAAUGAAAAUAAAAUUGAAACAUUUGAAGGAAAUAUAUUUUAAAUGUAAAAGAAACAACAAUACAAGUGGCGUUAGUCGUCAGACAUUUGUGUUUUACGAUGAAAUGGAACAACUUUAUUGCGGAAGAUCAUCAGUUCAAGCCAAUACAGAUAUCGUUGUAGAAUUAACUGAACCAGAAAUGCUUCAAGUGGAAGAUAAUAUAGAAGCUGAUUUAGAAGAUAAAAUAAAGGAAAAUGAAAAGAUCGUGAAUGAUACUACAUCACCUAAAAAAAGAAAAACAGGUCGCAACACACACAUGAAGCUAGCGGAGAAAUUUGCAGAAGUUUUUGCGAAAAAACAGGCCAAAGAAAUACAAAAAGUUAUGAAGGAACAAAUGCGCAUGUUUGACGAUGCAAUACAUGCGCAACUGGAUAAUCAAAGAAAGUGGGAAAAGGAGAUGAUUGAAAAAGAAUACCAGCAUCAAACUUCAAUUUUGGAGACCUUUAUGAAAGGAUUACAAACAAUGCAAUCUACCAACUUGCAAUAUCCUCAGUUUACACCAACUUCAGUUCCAGUGCAUACAUUCCCGUCAACUUCUGCUUCUCAAAAUGUGUGUCCGUACCAUUUGUCACCAUCUCCUUCGUUAUCACAUUCAUCAUCUUCAUCUAAUGAGACUGAUACAAAUAAACAGGUAUACAAGUAAAGAAACAAAUGUAUAUAUAUAUAUAUAUAUUGUUUUGCCCGUGCCGUGCCGAUACCUGUGAAGAUCAAAGAUCGCGUUGCCCAUUUUCGUGUAAUUCGUGUACUUUAUUCCCGCGAACCGUGAGUGCAAGAACGCGUCUACGAGAGCGCCUCUGAGGGUCGGACGUACGGACGCAACAUUUUGGAGGCUCGUCCGAUUUAAAGAAUCUCGGCAUCGGGUAAUGAUUCGUUCGCCAAUCAUUACGAGAAAGAGAGCUCAAAUGGAGAAUUCAGAGGGAACGUUGACGCAACAAAUCAUCCCGCGAGAAUCGGAAUAAACGGCGGAAGUGACAGCUCUACGGGUCGCCUUAUAGGAAACCUCUCCUGUAACAACGGCGCUUCAAGCUGUAUUACGAGAGCUGCAACAACUGCGCAAAUAACAGCAACGCACGAGAACCGAUUACGCAGAUUCAAUGCAACAGCGAAAGCAGAGAUCGCGGAGCAGCAACAAAGAGGAAUUUGCGGUGACGUUGUGGCAACGGGAUGCAAAGAUUGCGCAGCUCCAGGAGAAACUGUGAGGGAUCUCUACGAUUCAGCUACCCAGAUAGCUAAACGUUCAAAAAUCACAGCUGAACAGGCUGUGAUUUCCAGUAGUUUAGAUAUCGUACUGGUAUUGUACAAGUCAAUGUUGUCAGAUUUUAGUUACUGCUCCAAAUUAUUUGACAGUGCUAGCAUUAAACCAAAAUUGCGUACUAUAACUUUAAAAACGCACGGUGCUGUUACGCGUGUCAGGUUUCUUGCCGAAUCUAUGUGAUCGUUCGAAGCUCACACGUAGAUUUCUCCCAUGCGCGAUCGCAUUAUCAGCAUUAAAACAAAACUGCGCGCUAUAACUUCGAAAUUGCACGGCGCUUUUACGCGUGACUAGUUUCGUGCAGAAAAAUAUACUAUAUGUCCAAUUUUCAAGCAAUGCACAACAUCGCCACUAGAGGGACAUCGCGAAGUUCAAUUUCUCAUAUUUAAAAAAUUACAUCGAGUAGGAUAAAAGGCGCAUUAGGAUGAGACUUCUCAAUCAAAAAUUUGAUUCCUUUUUUUUUUCUUUGAUAAAAUAUCUACGUUCAGCAGACACAACACUUGAGUCUGUUGAAUGCAGCCAAUAAUGAUGAAAUCAGUUCCUAUAAUUGGGUUCCAAGAAUGAGGACUAACAAAAAUUUUACACGUCAUAACAGGAUUGUGUGCUUGGCGUGCUGUUCUAAAAAGACAGAAUUUGUAUUAUUCAUUGCGCAGUCAAUAUGCUGCUAUAACAUAACUGUGUGUCAGUUAUAUAUAAAGUUAACGUCGUGCUGACAAUGUGCGGUUAACGAGUUGUUUAUAGGGUUUGUUUCAUGUGACUUCACGAAUUUCAACACAUGAUGUUUCACAUGAGUGUAAUAUGCGUGCACAGCGUAACGUUUCAGAGCUCACAACUCUGCAACGUAUGGUUACUGUGCCAUAUAAGUGCUAUCUGGGUACUUGUAAUUGUUAUAAGUGGGUUCAAAUAAUUUUUCCUUGCUUAAGGGAGUCUUGUGUUUUCAAAUCAAUACAAAAUUAUAUUAAAAACCUUUUUGAUAUUAUAAAUUAUACG